UGGGAUUUGAGGCUUAAUCUUGGACCCGCUUACUUCCGGCGAGGAAGUGUUAGGAAGUGUCUGCGUCAGUGUUCUCUCCGUUUAUAAGAAGAAUCCUAUCUUCCACGCUUUGUCUACGGGGAGCAUUAUCUUUCAGAGAGCUCUCCUAGACUGGAAACUUGAGGGCCAGAGGGUAGGGAUUUGUGUCGAAAGGGAGUCCUGUCCCUCACCUUCACCAGGCCCGUCUGUCUCAGGGUCAGGAACGAUUCCGAGGGAUCCAGAUCUCUUUAACUGUGAUAACUCUGCUUCUCUUAGGGACCAAUGAAGUUUCCUAUUGGUCUGUCAAGCUCUUAUGGCUUGACGAACAGGGCCAGUUAUGACCAUUUUAAUGUUUUCCACCCCUAUUCUGACUUAAGUUUGGUUUAUGGUACAGAGAAGAAGCGACUCCGUCUGGAUUAUAGGCUGUACAUUACUGAAAGUGCCCUUCGGAGGAUCUUAAAGAGCAGAAAAUAAAUUGGGUCAGAGUAAUAACCAGCCUCGAGGGACCUCCCUCCGAGUUGGAAUGAUAAUGACAGACUCCCGGGAAGUUACAGACUUGGACCCUCCAGUUGAGCCUUCGCAAGAGCAGGAAGAUCUUCUAAUAGUGAAGGUGGAAGAAGAAGACUGUACUUGGAUGCAGGAGUACAAUCCGCCAACGUUUGAGACUUUUUAUCAGCGCUUCAAGCAUUUCCAGUACCAUGAGGCAUCAGGACCCCGGGAGGCCCUGAGCCAGCUCCGGGUGCUCUGCUGUGAGUGGCUGAGGCCUGAGCUGCACACCAAGGAGCAGAUCCUGGAGCUUCUGGUGCUGCAACAGUUCCUGAGCAUCCUGCCUGAAGAGUUCCGGGCCUGGGUGAGAGAACACCACCCUGAAAGCGGAGAAGAGGCUGUGGCUGUGAUAGAAAAUAUGCAGAGAGAACUUGAGGAACCAAGACAACAGAUUGUGGCGUGUCCUGAAGUGCUUCCUCAGAAGAUGGUGUCACCUGGAGCAGUGCAGGAGACCUUUGGUCACCAGUUCCUGUCCAUGGAUGCCCAGCCUGAACAAGAGCCACGGAAACCUCAUGUUCUGGAGGAAAAUGCCCUUCCUGUUCUCCAAGCUCCUUCCCUUCCUCUGAAGGACAGCCAGGAGCUGACAGCUUCACUUCCCUCAGCUGGGUCCCAGAAGUUGGUGAAAAUUGAAGAUGUGGCUGAUAUGGCUGUAUCCUUCAUCCUGGAGGAGUGGGAACAUUUGGACCAGUCCCAGAAGUCUCUUUAUAGGGAUGGCAGGAAGGAGAAUUAUGGGAGUAUUACUUCCCUGGAUUAUGAGUCCAAGGACAACAAUAUGGAGCUCACAGCAAAGCAGAUUUCUAAUGAAGCCAGUUCACCCAACUCACAUUGGGUGGCAGUAGGAAGCACUGAAAGAAAUAUUUCCCAGAGUCAAGAGUUUGCAGAAGUUAGUGACUUUAAGGGCAUGGUACAAAGGUGGCAGGUAAAUCCCACCAUGGGGAAACUGAAGCAGAAUCCUUCCCAGAAGAGAGAUCUUAGCACUAGCAAAGAUACUAACCGUAAGCAGAGCACAAAUGGUGAGAGAGGGCACAGAUGUAACGACUGUGGGAAAUUUUUUCUUCAAGCCUCCAACUUUAUUCAGCAUCGGCGAAUCCACACUGGAGAGAAACCAUUUCAGUGUGGUGAAUGUGGGAAGAGCUAUAAUCAGCGUGUGCACCUCACUCAGCACCAGAGAGUCCACACCGGUGAGAAGCCCUACAAGUGCCAGGUGUGCGGGAAAGCUUUCCGGGUGAGCUCCCACCUCGUGCAGCACCACAGUGUCCACAGCGGGGAGAGGCCCUACGGGUGCAACGAGUGCGGGAAGAGCUUUGGUCGCCACUCACACCUGAUUGAGCAUCUGAAACGGCAUUUCCGGGAGAAGUCCCAGAUAUGCAGUGACAGAAGAAGUAGGAAUACAAAACUGAAUGUUAAGAACAAAAUUUCAGAAUUUUCAGAAGCAGACAUGGAAGUACCAGAAAAAAUCCAAAGGAAUGCAUCUGAAGUUCAAGGUUUUCAAGAAGGCUAUGAACACCAAGGCAAGGCUGACAGAAAGCAGGGACUUCCUAUGAAGGAGAUACUAGGACAGCCCUCUUCAAAGAGGAUUAAUUGCAGUGAAGUCACUUACAUCCACAAAAAACCCUCCACAGGAGAGAGACCACAUAAAUGCAAUGAAUGUGGAAAGAGUUUUAUUCAGAGUGCACAUCUUGUUCAACAUCAACGAAUUCACACUGGGGAGAAGCCAUUUCGGUGUGAUGAGUGUGGGAAAAGCUACAACCAACGUGUGCACCUCACUCAGCAUCAGCGAGUUCACACAGGUGAGAAGCCCUACACCUGUCAUUUAUGUGGGAAAGCAUUUCGAGUGAGGUCCCAUCUCGUUCAGCACCAGAGUGUGCACAGUGGGGAGAGGCCUUUUAAGUGUAAUGAAUGUGGGAAAGGCUUUGGAAGGCGUUCACACCUUGCUGGACAUCUGCGACUCCACUCCCGUGAGAAGUCCCAUCAAUGUCAUGAAUGUGGAGAAAUCUUCUUUCAGUAUGUCAGCCUAAUCGAGCAUCAGGUGCUCCAUGUGGGUCAGAAAAAUGAGAAAAAUGGCAUUUGUGAAGAAGCAUACAGUUGGAACUUGACUGUGAUUGAAGACAAAAAGAUUGAGUUACAAGAGCAGCCUUAUAAAUGUGACAUAUGUGGAAGAGCCUUUAAUUACAGUUCAGACCUUAUUCAACAUUAUAGAACUCACACUGCAGAGAAAACCCAUAAAUGUGAUAUAUGUAGAGGAAAUAUUGGCCAGUGUUCCCACAUAAAACAACAUCAAAAAAUCUGUCCCAGUGCAAAGCCCCAUCAGUGUAAUGAAUGUGGAAGAGGCUUCACUCUGAAGUCACAUCUUAGUCAGCAUCAGAGAAUCCACACUGGUGAGAAACCUUUUCAGUGUAAAGAAUGUGGAAUGAGUUUCAGCUGGAGUUGUAGCCUCUUUAAGCAUCUGAGAAGCCAUGAGAGGACAGAUACCAUAAACACCUUAUGUGCAUAGGUGUUUCUAUUGAAAAACAGCCCAAUGUUAGAGAAGCCUUCCUAAAGAGACCUUAUUCCUAUAAUGAGUGUAAUAACAAUAUGAAGGAUUUUUCCACCUUAACCAUUAAACCUACAGAUAUAUUGAACUCUCAGUUAGAAUUCAUCCUAAAGGAACACUGGAGCAUCCACAAUGAGUAAAUGCCUGUUUGCUUUCCCUUUUGAGAAGUGCUUUGGGUAGCAUCUUUAUGCUUAGAAAUCUAGAUAAAAGGAGAACCCUGGAUAUGGCAGAUGCAGGAAAGCCUUCUGACGACACUCAUUCUUUAUUAGAAUUUCAGAAAAUUGACACUGAGAAAAGCUUCAUGAGGGCCGGGGAUUUAGCUCAGUGGUUCCGGUGCCUGCCUCGAAAGUGCAAGGUCCCGAGUUCGAUCUCCGGUACCAAAAACAACAAAAAAAAGAGAAGCUUCUUGAAUACAAUAGAAAUAAUCUUUAUUUGUAGUGUCUGCCUUGUUUGACAGCAUAUUGAUUCAGGGAAGAGUGCAGUGAAAGAACUCUUCAGCAUGAUACCUGUUUUGAUACCUCGGCAAUGAACUUUUCUAGAAACAAUUAUCCCAACCACUAAAACACUCCAAUUAUUGUUCCCAUCUUGAGUAUUAAACCCUUUGAAAAGCAA